GUGAUGUUCACUGUGACGCGUCACAUCGAGGCGGAGCUCAUCGUCGGGUUCCCCAUCCGCGGGUCCGACCUGGUCGCCGUCGAGUCGCCGCUUCCUGUCGCCCAGCCUAGGAUGUUGAUCUACGGCGCGUCGAACUACAGACUGACGCAGCGCAGGUUGUGCCAGCACGUUGCGGCCACGCAGACGGCAUUCGAG